AUGGCACAAACCGAUUCUUUUAAGCGUUCCCACUUCCCAGAAGGAUUUGGAACUACAAGUGGCUCGGGUGUUACCUCAACUGUGAAGACACACAUGCGAAACCAUGCAAUGAAAAAUGCAAAGGCUGAAUUACGAAUCAAGCUCAUGAUUGGUGUGCUACCAAGGGUUAAUGUUGCACCCACAAUCCCAGUUCCUGAGAUUAACACAAUACACCUCAAGGUACAUAACUACUGUGUUGAGAAAUCAAAAGCUUCAACCGAACUAGAGAUAGGGAAGGUUCUCAAACCUGAAAUCAAGAUCCGAAUCAUAUUGCUUCGAAUGCAAACUUUAAAUUCAUACAAACUUUCACACCCAGCCAAGCAGUCACAAUGGUUCCACAUUGAUCGCAUCUUGAAGGAGAUCAGAGAUGAGAAUAAAGCGCAAAAGAAUGUCAAAUAUGAGACUGCGUAUCAGCAUAUUGAUGCCCAUACAACUCGCAGUUUCUUUAAAGAGUUACUCCGUCGUGAUGCAACCCUCUUUACUGGAAAAACAAAGUAUGCCGACUAUCCCACCAAUGAGAAUUUUGCCCCUCCCACCCGCGCUGAAGUCAUUCAAAUCCUCGGUGAAUAA